AUGGAUCCGGAAAAAGUGAUACUUGACUACGACCCCACGGCUUCUCAAAAAGUGCCGACGAUGACAAAAAUGGAUUCGAAACUUUUGGAAAAACAAGGUUCUGAACCGGAAAAGAGCAAAGAAAACAUGAAGAUAAUAAAAAUUGAUUUUUCGGAAUUGGUCGAGAAGAUUGAGGAGAUUUUUGAGACCAAAACAGAGACAUCAAAAGAAGAAGAAGAUGAUCUGGGUCUUUCUGAUUCUGUCUAUCUGAAUGAUCUACAAAAUUUGACCAAAGGAUUAGAGGAGUUUCGAGCACCAAUAUGGUCAAAAGGGGAGAUUCAGCAACUCGGCAAUGCGGACAUGAAGAAAGUGUUCAUCUGGUUGAAUGUCCGCAUUCGAAAAUACGCAACAUGGUUCUCACAUGCCACGUAUCUGAUGGAAAAGCUUCCGAUGGAUCAGAAAUUUCAAUUAUAUCGGACAUCGUGGAAUGUGAUGAGAAUGUUCGAGCGAAUAGCGAUGACUUGGAAACACUACGGACACGAAAUGUUUGAGGGGAAUUUUAUAUUGGUUAGUGAUGACACGGUGAUGAUAGUGAAUAAAAGUUUGGUUCAUUUCGAAGAGAUCUCCGAGCUGACUGAUGAUUAUUUUCAGAAACUAUUCCAUCCAUUUCUCAACAAGUACAUCGAAGAAGUCGCCCGUCCCCUAUCCGAACUCAAUUUGACCGAAGAGGAAGUGGUUUUUUGCAUGGUUCACAUUUUAGGAUUUGAUGUGACUGGAUUGGCUCCGGAGACGCUGGAAAUUCUGCACAAAUUCAAGGAGAUAAUUUCUGAUCAAAUGCAUAAUUAUUACAUGAAUUCGACGAAUUUUAAGAUCUACUCACAUCGGAUCAUGAAACUGAUGAAGUUGGUUAAUUCUAUGACGGUAGAAUUCUAUUCCGAUGCGAUUUACGACGAUUGGCGUGAGAUUUCGAAGGAUUUCGAAAAUUCGUCGAAAAAUUCACAAAAAAAGCAGAUUCAGAGGGUAGUUGUGCGAGUUGCGUGUCAUAAUUUGGAUAUGUUUGAAGCGGGGAAACAGAUAGAACGCCUAAAUCCCUCGCUCGCCUCCAUUUUCCCGAAAUUCCUGCUCAAAUUUCUCAACACAUUCCAAAACUUGUCGCACGAGCUCCAAACGCCUAUAAACACGCAUUUGCUACUCAAAUUUAUCGAUUUUCGCUCGGAAAAUCCGGAAAAACGCGAGAAUUUCAUGGAUUUCAGCGAUUUUUUGUAUAUUUCAAGUCUACUGGACUUGGCAGGUAAUGUAAUAAUUAAGGAUUUGCUGGAAAACGCGACGAAAUUGUAUCCGGAUGACGAGAAAUCGAGAGAAAUCGGCGCCAGAGACAUUCUAGAUGGAGUUUUACUGUCGGAGGAAGUAAAUGCUGAGAAAUAUCAAGAAGAGUCGUUUUGA